GCCUUAUUUUCAAAAAUGAGAAUUUACGUAAUACUGCUGUCCGUAAUAUCGCUGUACGCCCUUUCCGAGGCCGCUGGGCGUGGCCCCAGUCACAGUGUUACUUGGGGAGUGAGGAGCUACAGGGACUCUCACUUGAGAAGGGAGAUCAUCACGGAAAAGUCCAGGUUUCUGCGCGUAGUGACAAAGGAUUAUGUUUUCGAUCAGAAGAAGAAACUCAAACGCACCAUCACUCAAAUCGUGAUUACGGAUCAAGUUAGGGAUGGAAAUGGAGGCUAUGCAUAUUUAACCGCCGGUGGACCGCAGAGCACUUAUGCCAAAAUCCAUCUGAAGAGUCAACGCAACCAGGGCUUCAGCUUCAUCAUCGACAUUUACGGCAUUUAACCCGGAACUGCCUGCCUUUAAUUAUAUUCCACUUCGUAUUUCACUCCCUACAGAUAGUUUGUUUAUUUAAUGGCCAGCACAUAUUUACAUGCUGAAUAUAUAUCCGCAAGCAUGCUCA